GACGAAAGUGGUGAGCGCUAUAAUCCUCCAAGAAUGCAUGUCUGAUGGCGCUGUGCAGGGCCGCUCUAUGAGCCUCCCUAGCAUCCUCGGGAACGCCAUUCAGGGCCGUGUUGAUUGCAUCCGCGUGGGUGAUCCUCAAGUUGCGGGGCGCCAGCACCAUAGCAGCAGCGGCAGCGGCAGAAGUCCUGGCGCUUGUUGAGUCACGUCGUACAUGGCGAAUCGUCUCUUGUCCACGCAAGCGGACUCUGGGGAUGUCACGACUGCGUCCGUGUCUUGGCGGCUUCAGAUAGACGCGAUGGUACCCUGGGCCUCCAGCAGCUCUUGCCUGCAGGUCAAGGUGUUGGAAGCCGAGGCGAAGAGGGGUGGUGAGUGUCUCUCCUCGUGCAAAGCACCGUGCUCCUCACCUUUCUGGUGUGUGUCCUAGCAGACGCAAGGUACACAGCAACAGCCAAAAGGCAUGUGAAGUGCAGUGCAACGCUAUGGAAAAGGACGCGCAUAGUGGCGAUGCGGCUUUUGCAAAGCGGGGUGCAAAGCUUUGGGAGCGGAGUGAAAUCAAAGAAUGGCCGUUGAAGAUCUGCACUGGCCAGCAGUGCAGUCCGUCUCGAAGAGAAGUGGUAUGAUGGAAGCGCGGAGGGAGCAGGGAGGGCCUUGUUGGGCAUCUAUUGACAUUCCAACACCACAUCAGCUGCAGGCGCGAAGACGAGUGGGUAUCUUCAGCUGGGUUGCACAUUCUUGCCGCUGAUUCACCGGUUGUCACGCUGUCCUGCACUGGGUGGUUGCUUGAAGCUACGGGAACGGGGAUGUACAUGACGAGCGCCGCAAUUCAGUGGCCAGGCGGGGCGCAGAAGUGAUUUGCCUGGGUGGCGUGGCAUGCCUGGCGCUGCUUCGCCGUCAACGCGCUCAGCUGACGUUGUCGGCGUGAUCCAGGAUCUGGCGUGCGGUCAACCUUCUCGCGGUUCCGGCCAAAACAAGCUCCACCAUCAUGGCGCAGGCCACGCGAUGUCCGCAGAGGUCGGCUUUGUUUCAGCCUCACACUACUCGACGCCAAUUUGCACAAAACACGCGCCUCGUGCGGCAAAGCAAAACACGGUGACGCCGAUCGGCCAUGGCCGAUGUCUCAGAACCGAGCACGCAGCACGUGUCAUCAACAGCAAGAGCGAGGACUAUCGGAGAGCUGCCUCGCCCGGCCUUGAAUAAAGCGCAUGCGAUGAAGUCGCAGUGUGGUUCAAGCUUGAAGAAGUGUGCUCACGGACAGUCACAAGUUGGGCGCGCUCACGGACCCAUAGUCGCAGAUCAGUACCUGAUGGGUGAAGAACAACACCAUGGACGAUGAGUACACGUUUGGUGCGAACGCUUACCUUCGCGGGUAUCGCUGCACGCUAGAGCACUGAGGCGAAUCAGACAUGUGCGCUCUCUAAUCAACACGCCAGCCAGCUUAAAAAUGCGAAAACACCAUACACGGUGGCAUCACAUGACAUCGAAGCUCAUUGCCGAAGAAGCUGCUGCUGACCUGACCUCGCAUCAAGACUGGAAAAUGACGGACCGUCAUGGAAUGACAUGCGUUCUACACGACGAGCAUCAAGUAUACCACGAUCAGUCUUCAUUUUUCAUGUGACGUAAUGGUGUUGCCGUCAUCACCGUUUGAAGGCGCUUGAAGGGCACAGCCAGGCCGCUUCCUCGGAUGAGAGCCACGAAUGUCGCUGGCUCUUCAUGACGGUGGCACGUCACAAGUCCGCUGCGUUGUUACACCUUCUGGUCGUAGCGUGUGCUUCGUCCAGCGGAGCUUUGACCUUUAAGGCUCCUUUUGUCGCCACUGCUGCUCUUUCGGAUCACCCAAGGUGACCUGCCUCGAACGGGAGCAAGCCCGCGUGCGGGAACGUCAUCUUACCA